AGGGGUGUCUGUGUGUCUAUGUUUUUAUCCAUGUAGAUGCUGCCUUCCUGGACCAUCGGCCUUCUCCUGCUGGCCACCGUCAGAGGAAAGGAGAUCUGUUAUGGACAUCUUGGCUGCUUUUCUGAUGAAAAGCCAUGGUGCGGGACCCUUCAGCGGCCUUUAAAGUUAUUUCCCUGGGAUCCCAAGGACAUUGACACCCGCUUUCUCCUGUACACAAAUGAAAACCCGAACAACUUCCAACUGAUCACUGCCACUGAUCUAGCCACGGUCGAGGCUUCCAACUUCCAACUAGACCGCAAGACGCGCUUCAUCAUCCACGGCUUCAUAGACAAGGGGGAAGAGAACUGGCUGAUGGACAUGUGCAAGAAAAUGUUUAAAGUGGAGAAGGUGAACUGCAUCUGUGUGGACUGGAAACGCGGGGCCAAGACACAAUAUACCCAAGCCGUCCACAACAUUCGCGUUGUGGGAGCACAGAUAGCUUUCUUCAUACAAAAUUUGUCGACCGUGCUGGGCUACAGCCCGGAGGACGUGCACCUCAUCGGCCACAGCCUGGGCGCGCACGCGGCGGCCGAGGCGGGCAGGAGGCUGGGCGGCCACGCGGGCAGGAUCACAGGACUGGACCCCGCACAGCCAUGCUUCCAGGGCACGUCUGAGGAGGUUCGGCUGGACCCAUCUGAUGCCAUGUUUGUGGAUGUGAUUCACACGGAUUCUGCUCCCAUCAUCCCCUUCCUAGGUUUUGGAAUGAGCCAAAAGGUGGGCCAUCUGGAUUUCUAUCCAAACGGAGGAAAGCAAAUGCCUGGAUGUCAGAAAAAUAUCCUUUCAACCAUCGUUGACAUAAAUGGCCUAUGGGAAGGGACCCGAGACUUUGUGGCUUGCAAUCACCUAAGGAGCUACAAGUAUUACUCAAGUAGCAUCCUCAACCCCGACGGCUUCCUGGGCUACCCGUGCGCCUCCUACAAUGAGUUUCAGGAGAAUAGCUGUUUCCCUUGUCCAGCUGAAGGAUGCCCCCAAAUGGGGCACUACUCUGACCAAUUUCUGGGGAAAACCAGUGCUGUGGGACAAACCUUUUUCCUGAACACAGGAGACAGUGGUAACUUUACUCGUUGGAGAUACAGGGUAUCGGUCACACUGGCUGGAAAAAAGAAAACGAGUGGGUACUUCAGGAUUGCUUUGUAUGGAAGUAACGGAAACUCAAAACAAUAUGAAAUUUUCAAAGGAUCCCUCAAACCACAUGCAAGUCAUAUGCGUGACAUUGACAUGGACCUCAAUGUUGGAAAAAUCCAGAAGGUUAAGUUCCUCUGGAACAACCAUGUGAUAAAUCUUUUCCGGCCCAAGCUGGGGGCUUCGCAAAUCACAGUGCAAAGCGGUGAAAAUGGGACUGAGUCUAAUUUUUGUAGCAGUGACGUGGUCCAAGAAGAUGUUUUACAAUCUCUUUACCCUUGUUAAAAACGUGGUCAUCUCUCUUGUAUCUUUGCUGUAAUAAAUUUUUUAAUGCCCUCGGUUUGACGUUGAGGUGUUCAAUUUGGCAUUCUCUGUGUUCUGGGGUCACAUUUCAGAAAUGAUUUGUGGGACUGGAGCCAAGUUUAAUCAGAGGUAAUGCCUGAAAGCUCCCACCGGCUCUCCCCUGCCACCAUCUCUCUCUUUCAGGGCACAUUGUGGGGCCUGUUCAAAUGUAUUUUAUUUCCUUAGGCAACGAAUUUCUCUCAUAUUUGAUAAAGUCAUCAUUGCUCCCACGUGUUGCCCACCCAGCUUUUAACAUGCUAGGGGAAGAAGUGGACCCCAUGCAAGAACAGCCUCUAGCAGGACUCAGAUCAGUCAUUAUUUAGAUUAAAGCCUGUCCGUGGCAUGAAGGAAGAGGGGCUUAAAAAAAUUAAUACAUGCACGUGGUGCAAAAUGCAAAAGAUCCAGAAGAAUAUUCUUACACAAGGUAUGUCUCUGUCCACCCUCACCCUCCAAGUCUCUGGUUCCUCUUCCCAGAGACAACCAGAGUUGUUUGUUUGGGGUUUUUUUCCCAGAAAUAUUCAACUUGUACACUCAUGGGUGGCCGUCUCACACAGCCAGCCCCAGCCCCACCGUUUUUAUUUCAGACAAAUGGUAGCAAUAGGUACCAUCCUCACUUUGCUUUUUGCACUAUCAAUAAAUUGGAUAUUAUUCUCUAAUGGUACAGAAAAGAGCCUCUUCAUCCUUCCUACAGCUUCAUAGAUUCCACUGAGGAGUGUUUGUGGUGUGGUUGUCUCUGCUAAUGGACAUAGAAGUGUUUUCCAAAAUUUCCCAUUAUGAAUAUUCACGCAACCACUCUCCUUUAUGACUGUUUUACAUUGUAAAAAUUUGUCCAAUAAAUGUUUCAGAUAGAUUUCCUUUGGUCAGGAUUGCCAGAUUGCCUUCUGUAGCCAAUAUACCAACCCACACUCCAACCAACCUCAUGGCGUGGCCGGCCCAUGCCAAAUUGCCAGCCUUAUAGGCCAAGAAGCCAAAUACUGGUAAUUUCAUUCGGCUCCUUCUUUUUUUUUUUUUUUUUAAAGAUUUUAUUUAUUUAUUUAUUUGACAGAGAGAGACACAGCGAGAGAGGGAACACAAGUAGGGAGAGUGGGAGAGGGAGAAGCAGGCUUCCCACCGAGCAGGGAGCCCAAUGUGGGGCUCGAUCCCAGGACCCUGGGAUCAUGACCUGAGCCGAAGGCAGACGCUCAACGACUGAGCCACCCAGGCGCCCCUCAUUCGGCUCCUUCUAACAGAAGGGGGCUUCGCACCUUUUCCAGCACAGUGAAUUGUCUAAUCAUUUUUUAAUUUGGUAGGUUAAAGUGUUGUUCCCUAAAUUGUAAUUUGUGUUUGUUUUACUAUGAGGGUGAACAUCUUUUCCGUGUUUAAUGGCCCUUUGUCUUUCUCUGUAAAUCAUCCAAAUUGUUUGCCAAGUGUAGGCAUUUUUUUCAUCUCAUUUUUACUUUAAAGAGCACUUUAAAAUUAAGAAAACUGGAAUAUUCUGUCAAAUGCAAAUAUUUUCCCCAAGUUAUCCUUCUCCCUGGGAG